CCUGGAAAUUUUACUACAUAAUCUUGUCGUUAGAUGUCAGGAUGUCGUUGAUAACGUUGCACGUGUUACGUUGCCAAGGUUUAAAUAAGUUGGCUACAUCGCUGAGAUUAGGAUCGACCGGUACUGUUAUUAGAUCACGACCGUGUUCUGUGUUUAAGAAUUACUCGAGGAAAAUGUCAUACACAGCUGUCGAGAGGGGUGCUCUAAACAGCACUGAUUACCGACUAUAUUUCAGAAAUGAUGUUGGCCCAAUUUCACCCAUGCAUGACAUUCCACUUUAUGCUGAUGAAGCUAAUAAAAUUGUGAAUAUGGUUGUUGAGAUACCAAGAUGGACAAAUGCAAAGAUGGAGAUCAAUCUUAAAGAAACAUUGAAUCCUAUUAAACAAGAUGUUAAAAAGGGCAAAUUGAGAUAUGUUGCCAAUUGUUUCCCUCAUCAUGGGUAUAUAUGGAACUAUGGUGCAUUACCACAGACUUGGGAAAAUCCUGAAGUUCUAGAUGAAGCUACCGGUUGCAAAGGGGACAAUGAUCCUAUCGAUGUACUUGAAAUAGGUUACAGAGUUGCAAAAAGAGGAGAAGUCUUAAAAGUAAAAAUUUUGGGUUGUGUUGCACUCAUUGAUGAAGGUGAAACUGAUUGGAAAAUUAUUGUUAUUGAUGUCAAUGACCCUUUGGCAGAGCAAAUGAAUGAUGUAUCUGAUAUUGAGAAGCAUUAUCCAGGAUUAAUGAAGGCUACUAUUGAAUGGUUUAAGAUUUAUAAAAUACCAGAUGGUAAAUCAGAAAAUCAAUUUGCGUUUAAUGGGGAAGCAAAGUCAAGAGACUUUGCUUUACAUAUAGUGGAUGAAGUUCAUCAGCACUGGCAAAACCUCAUUAAACGAGAAGCUCCUGCAGGAGGAAUUGCAUGCACUAACACAACUGUGGUAGGCAGUCCAUUUAAAACUACUAUAGAAGCUGUUGAAGAAAUAUUAGAAAAGGCUCCAGAAUUACAGGAUGCACAGGCAAUGGAUCCUAUUGUCGAUAAAUGGCAUUACGUGCAUCUUAAGUGAGAGUAAAGAAAUAUUCUCACAUCAAUGCAUCUGUUGAUGUCUGCACAGACUUGCUUGUUUUUUGGCACGUAACGGAAUACCGUGUAUUACUCCCACAUUCAUCAUAAGUUUUGAUACAUUCGAUAGUUAUAGAUAGUACUUAAAUACUAUAGCAUGUGCUUGCAGUACCGAAACAAGCAACACUUAUGGGCAGUAAAUGAUUACAGAUCACCUGUGUGUCUUAUUUAUUUUAAUAUAUUUGUAAUUAUUGAAUUUGAAAGUUUGUACAGAGUUUUCUGAGAACGUCUCACAUGUAUCAAAAUGUUCUUGUUACUGUACUGUACGUACAUGACGUAAUGGGCAGUAGGAACUAAACAUACUCUUGUCAAAGGUUGUAACACAACUUCCAACAGAUGGUUAGAAGUAGGGUAUAAAUUUUCUUAGAUGAUUUUCUU